UCCCAUUCCCUUUUCUGUAUACCAUUUUCAGCUAAUUCGUAUCUGCUUAUUAUGUUCUUGGUGGAAUAAUAUUAUCACACACUAACAUUCUCUUAUCUAUGAUUUUUUCUUGGACCAUGUCGAUAAUUAUCAAGAUCCUUUCCUAGGUAGAGAGAGUUUUUAUAGAUAGGGAGAAACAAUGGUGAGGGGGAAGGUGCAAAUGAAACGAAUUGAGAAUGCAUCAAGCAGGCAGGUGACCUUCUCAAAGCGUCGAAAUGGGCUGUUGAAGAAGGCGUAUGAGCUCUCUGUUCUCUGCGACGCCGAUGUUGCUUUGAUCAUCUUCUCUUCUAAAGGAAGGCUCUAUGAAUUCUCCAGCUCCAACAUGCAGAAAUCAAUUGAGAAAUAUUUGGAAGUUACAAAAGAUCGUAUUUCAGGCGUGGAAUUGGAACAGAACAUGCAGCGCUUAAAGCACGAAGCAGCAUUCAUGUCGAAGAAGAUAGAGCUACUCGAGAAUUCCCAACAGAAUCUUUUAGGGCAUAAUCUUGGGUCGUGCUCCAUGGAUGAACUUGAACAAAUCGAGAACCGGCUCGAAAGAAGCAUUAAUAGCAUAAGGGCCAGAAAGGUUCAGUUAUACAAUGAGGAAACAGAAAAGUUGUUAUCAAAGGAAAAGUUUUUAUUAGAUGAGAACCAAAAGCUCAGGCAAAAGAUUGGAUUGAAGCAAAAUCAGGCAUCAGAAAUGAAUAGAGAAAUUGGGAGUUACAGUAGAAGCAUAGAGAGGUCGGAGGCGGUGACGACUGAAUUGUUUAUUGGCCUACCAACUCCCUGCUCUUGAUACAAUUAAUCUCUACCCACUUACAUUUUAAUUACCUCUCCUUAUAACAAAUAAAUCUAAUUAAUAAUUAGUCAUAUAUUAGCUCCCUCAUGUACUAGGGCUAACUCAAACUCCUUUUACAUUGCUGUUCUUACCUUUCUAAAUUAAAGAAAAAAGGACCAAGAAAAUGGGUAAAUUUUAUUUUGCAUUGUAGAGUUACGUUUGAAACUUCAACAGCUUAAUUUAAUUAGUAAGGUAAUUAAAUUGUUGUGACUGUU